UCCUCAUAAUUCUGGCUCAUUCUUCUAUAUGUCUCCCUUUUUCUAAACAAUUUUCGAUCAUAAUUUUAGCUCACUCUUCUAUCUAUCUCCCUUUUUCUAAACCAUUUACGAGAAAAAAAGAGUAAGUGGAAUGGCUUCGUUGAGGAAACCGAACGGAGACGGAGUGGAUUAUUUUGAAGCCGAGGAGAACGACUAUGGCGUGAUAAACGUGAUAACCGCCAUCGGUAAGACCAUCUCUCUUCAAGUCAAAGGUUUAGACACCAUUAGCAGUAUUAAAUUCAAGAUUGAGGCUCAGGAAGAUGUUCCGUGCCGCCAGCAGAAACUGAUCUUCAAUGAAAUGCUUCUUCAGGACGACGAUAUUCUUGGGAACUUCUGCAUCAAGAAAGGAUCCACUCUCAAACUUAUGCGCAACUCAAAGGGCUUCAUGCAUAUAUUCAUCAAGACCCCCGACUGCGGCCGCUGGCUAAGGCCAAGGACUUUAUCUCUUGAAGUCGAACCCUCAGACACCAUCGGCAGUGUGAAAACCAAGAUGAAAUGUGUGGUGGACGUGCUGAUCUUUAAUGAAAUUGUCCUCGACGAUACAGACACCCUUGCGGAUUUGAACAUUAUCAACGGAUCCACGCUAACAAGCAUGGUUAAAUACGUGAUUUCUAUGCAAAUUUUUGUGAGUUUUAACUCUCGAAAGACCAUCACUCUGUUAGUCAACCCUACAGACACCAUCACCAAAUUGAAAUCGAUGAUUGAGCUUUUGGAAGGUGUUCCUGUUAACGAGCAGGUGUUAAUCUUCAACAAAGUGGUUCUUAGGGAUACUGGUACCCUUUCCGACUUCCACAUCAACAGGAAAUCGACCCUCACGCUUAUGCGUAGAUCAAGGAAAUCAAAGGAACCCAUGAAGAUAUUCUUCAAGACGCUCACCGGAGAGACUGUUUCAAAGAUAAUCAAACCCUCGGACACUGUCGACAGAAUAAAAACCCUUAUCCAGUAUAAGGUUCAGAUUCCCCAUCACGAGCAGGAGUUGAUCUUCAACGAAAUGGUUCUCGACAACAACGGUACACUUGCUAGCUAUAACAUCAACAACAAAUCAACACUCACAGUUAUGCGUGUAUCAGGGUGA